AUGCCGACUCAGGUUCAGAACCGGCCAACCGAAUCUCCGCACUAUGACAAGUUCGACCACGAAGCUCGCAAAAAUCUGCAGCACAAGGAGGCCUUGAGGGUCGCCCUGGGUAGCAUAUUAGCACCCCCCGGCCUAUCCAUUUCCGCUUCCAGCUACUCCGCCUAUCCCGCCCUCCACUUAUGGAGGCAGUCCGAUCGACUAUUUGCAUCCCAUGCAUGGGCUGUACCAGCCCCAUCCACACACCCCGUCGCGGUUAGGUCGUUCGGUAAGCUCAACCUCUCCUACCCACCCCAUCCACGGAACCCACAAUUGUAUCUCUUCAUCCAGCAGAGCUCACAUUCAAACUCACCGCGCGAAACCUCUGCGUCCAACUCCCCACAUCCGUCGCCGCUACCAAUCCCACCAGCUGCAACAGCAGAUAGCUCUUUACCUGAGCCGGAAGGGUUAUCCCCGCUGCCGCCUAGCGCCAUGUCAGUCGAGGGGGCCGAUGCAGUCCCGCGUGUUAGGGGCGUCCCGCCACCCCCGCAUGUGGUCCGUCCCACACCUAUGCCUGUGCAGAGCGGAAGGAGGCCUACGCCUCCCAGCCUGUUUGCGGGGGAUGGGGGCAGUGUGCCGCCGUCUGGAGCUGCCACCCCCAGGGCCAAGUUUCUCGAGACGUUGGGGUCGAAAAGCGCUUGGGAUGCGUUGAUUCAUGAGGUAUGUGGGACGCUUUUUAAAUGUUGUAUCGUGUACACCAUGGAGUUUAGCGACGAAAGCGCAUCCGAAUCCGGGCCACUCAAACAGCAAAAGUGA